GACCCGGGCACGGAGCGGCUGCGGCAUCAGCGGGUGAGUUGCGGAGAGGAGCGGGACCGGCACCGGGACCGGCCUGACCGGGCCAGAGGGGAGCGGGGGGAGGCGCGGAGCGGGGGCAGCGUUCGUGAGGCGGGGGGCUCCCUGCCGUGUUCCCCUGGGGCCCUGCGGGAAGCACCGGCCCCUCUCUGUACCCGGUUCCCUGCCGUGUCCCGGGACGGCGGCAGGAGGGAUCGGCUCCUCCGAGCCCCGGGCCGCCCGCUCCCAGCCGCCCCGUCCCGCAGCAGCGCGCUCAUGGCCAACCACCUGCGCUUCGUGGGCCGCACGGUGAUGGUGCAGAACGGGAACGUGGAGGCGGCGUACGGCGUCCUGAACAGGAUCCUGGUGCAGGACGGCGUGGCCGAGGCCGUGCGGCGCUCCCGCUACUACGAGAAGCCGUGCCGGGCGCGGCGGCGGCGCGCGUUCGAGGCGUGCCGCCGGGUCUACAGCGCCGAGAUGGCGCGCAGGAUCGCCUUCCUGGCGCGGAGCGGCCGCCAGGACCCGUGGCUGGGCUGCUGAGGGGCCGGCGCCAAUAAAGACUCUCUGCCUCUGA